AUGGUAGACGAUUUAGCUGAGAGCUUGACUUUGGAGGAACUGGAGGUGGCGAUUGCAAGUCUGAGAAAUAGCUUGGAGAGCAUGUCGCGCAACGAUCCGGAUUUCUAUUCAAAGACGACUUUGCUUGCACAUGGGCUUCGGAAGCACCACCUUUUAUCACGGCCACAUGGGGAUUUGAGCGCUCUCAACGAGUCCAUCACCUUUCUGCAACAAGCUGUCGAUGGUUCGUCUGUAGACGAUGACAGGAGAGCUCAGUGGCUCAUUAGCCUCGCUUUUGGCUUAAGCCUUCGUUGCGAUGCGACGGAAUCUGAAGGCGAUGCUAUAGAAGCUUCUCGAGUAGCCUACGAGGCCGUAAGCGCGGUACAGAAGGACGAUUCGUCACAUGUUACAAUCCUGCAAUCCGCUUGUCAUUUCAUAGGAAAAAGCGCAGUCAGGCUCAACGAUAAAGAUGAUUUGGAAAGAUUGCUCGAGAUGCACAAGUCCAUACUGGCGGUCACAACCGUCGACCAUGCAAAACUCAAAUCGCGACUGCGGAGCUACGGUAAUACUUUGUUCAAAGGGUACUUGUCAUUCGGACAGAUAGAGUAUCUGGAGGAAGCGAUCCGAGUCUCGGAGUACAUCAUCAAUAUCCCAGAUCAAAGCCCUGAAGAACACGCGAGAAAUGUAUGGAUUCUCGGCCAGCGCCUCGUUCAACGAUACUUGAGGACCGGAACAUCUGCCGAUCUUGAUGACAGCAUAAGAGCAUGCCAACAAGCUGUCGACGACACUCCACUCAGCUCCAACAAUCGACAGCGGAGGCUACAGUCCCUUUGCGAUAGGCUGGGAGAGAAGUAUUCUCAGACCCUGGACGAAGCUGAUUUCCAGGCUGCCAAAGUGGUGGUAGAUAAAAUUCUUGAUCAAUUACCGACGAAAACGAAGAGCCGAGCGCGAUCCCUUGGAAACAUUGGCAUUAUCUUGAGUCUCCGAUAUAGGCAAACAGGACGUGAUGAUGACUUUCAACAUGCUGUCCGUGUUGCUAGAGAAGCCGUUGAGCUGACUGUCCAAGGCGAUAUGGGCCGUGCUGUCCGUCUCAGUAAUCUUGGUGGGGUGUUUGCCGAGGCGUAUGGCAAGACUGGAAACAAGGAGCAACUCGAAGAGGCAAUCCGAAUCGGAACAGACACCCUCACUGCCACGCCUGAUGAUCAUCCAGACAAAGCCCUUCGGCAUUUCAACCUUUCAGACAGACUUCAGUUACGAUAUCUUGAGUCGGAAUCAACUGAUGACCUCGAAGAAGCUAUUUCCUUAUACCGAUUCGUCCUAAAUCAGCUUAGUGCCCCCGUGUUUCUUCGUGUUCAGGCUGGCUACUCUCUGAUGCAGAGUUGCGUCUGGAAUCGCGACUGGAACGAGGCAUACAAGGCUGGCUCCCAAACGAUCGAUCAAUUGUCACUCCUCAGGCCUCUUUCACUGCAAAACACUGAUAUACAGCGUGAAGCGAGCAAGCUUUUGGGUUUAGGUACUGAGACAGCAUCACUCGCAUUGGAAGUGGGGAAGAGCGCAGCAACUGCCCUUGAGUUCCUCGAGAUGGCUCGAGGAGUCAUGGCGUCUUCCAUAAACGUGCUUCGGGCCGAUAUCAAAGAUCUGGAGAGGGACUUCCCGGAAUUGGCCGGCAGAUAUGACCGUCUUCGAGACCGACUCGACACUGGUUCUGUUCCCAAAUCCGACUUUGCACUUGGCGAAGAGGUUUGGGGAAAUGAUAUGAGUCAGAGGUAUGAUACCGGAGAGCAGAUUUCAGCAUUGUUGGGGGAGAUACGUUCAAAGCCGGGCUUUGAGCACUUCUCACGGCCUGAAGAUGAGGAGCGGAUGCCAAGUGCGGCCGCUCUGGGUCCGGCGAUUGUGGUCAACGUUGGCCCUCUUGCUUGCGACGCUAUAAUCAUCCAGCAGGAUGGGUUCAGUGCCAUCCCCCUCCCGCGCUUAGACAAGAACAAAAUCGACUCAAAGAAUAAGUCAUUAGGUCGAGGUAGUCUCAAGGUCCUCUAA